AUGUUCGUCUUAUUAUUCUUUUUCUAUUCUAUUCAUUUUGUAAAUUCACUAAGUAGCCAAGAAGAUUUAUCAAUAACGAAAUAUUCUCAAACAGGUUGUUUAACGUUAAAAUCAGAUAAACAAUUUAUUGUUAAUAAUAUUCAAGAAGAUCCUCUACUACCUUAUCAAUCAUUUUCUAGUUCACAUAUGACAAUCGAAUUAUGUUUUCGUCUUUGUCGUCGAUGGUUUAUUUUAAUGUUUAAUAAUCAAACAAAUUGUAUUUGCCUAUAUACAAUCAAUAAGCCAUAUGAAUUUAAUGAAUAUUUAGGUGAAUUUCUACCAGUUCACAAUUGUACAUUGAAUUCUAUUCAAAUCUAUUCAUUAACGAAUGAACUUUAUGUACUACCAUCAUUAACAUCAUCAACAGGUGAUGAUUGGUCAUUGGAUGGUUGUUAUUAUUUGCAUGGUAUUCAAACAAUGCGUGUCAAUUUAGGUUUAAAUCAUGUUGACUAUGUUCAAGCUAUUGAUUUAUGUCGAAAACAUUGUCAAAAAAAUCGUCGUACAAAUUAUUUUUCAUAUUUUUUAUCGCGUAAAAAAUCUUGUUAUUGUUUACCGAUUAAAGUUUCUCAAUCAUUAAAACCGAUUGCGUUACGAAAACCAUUGAUACAUUGUUCAUUUCUUCCAUAUAUAUGUCAUGGAUUUUCAAAUCUAUGCGAAAAAUAUUAUUCAAAAACCAAUGUCGAUACUUUAAUUAAAAUUGAUGUACAAAACUAUUGUUCAACAUCAGAUUCGAUUUCAUUUGUAUUCGAUAGAACAUUAUAUAUGUGUUUUACAUCUAUUUUACUUCGGACAAUCAAUAUGAAUUUUUCAAUAAUAAAUAAUGAAAACAAAUGUUUACCAAUAUUUGUGAAAACUUAUGAACAAUGGAAUUCUUUAAUUCAAUCAUCGUGGCUAACAAAUCAAAGAAUAUUUAUUUGGAUUGAUGAAAAUUCUCGAUAUAUUCGUAAUGAUUUAUUUAAAAUUGAUAAUCAGACGUUACUAUCAAAUAAUAUUUGUAUUAUCAUUAAUCGAACUGAAUCGAAUAUGACUGCCUAUGAAUUUAUUCCAUGUGAUGAUUUACAAGCGCCUGGUUAUUUUUUAUGUGCACAAAAACCACUUCCAUCCGCUAUUCUAUAUGAAGAAGAAUUUCAAAUGAUAAAUAAUGACUCUGACGUAUUGGUUGAUGAAAUUUUAUCUUGCCCAUCAGGAUUUGUUUUAUUUAAUAACUUUUGCUACUAUGUUCAUUCAUCAUUUAUUUAUAAUAUUCGAUUUGGUGAACGUUUAUGUUAUAAUGAGUAUUCCAAUAGUACAUUGGUUAAAUACGAUUCGCAUGAAUGGGGAAAUAUAAAUGCAACGCGAUUUCUCGAAAAUAAAUUACAUUCUGAAUCAAUAGAUGAAUCGAAUAGAAAAUAUUGGUUACGAUUACUUUUCGGUGAUAAAAAUGAUCCGAACGAAUGUGUUUUACGUUAUUUUGCUCGUUCAUCUGGCGCAUUUACAAUAUUUUAUCGUUGUAACAAUGGUGGCCAUCCUGUAUGUCAAUGUGAACCCAUCCGAACAAAAACUCCAAAAAUAAUACCCAUUAAUGUAAAUAUAUCUAAUGAAAAUAGUUCACGAAUUGAAAUACAAGCGGAAGAAAUACACACAACUUUAGUAACACAAGCAAAUUUUCUAAAUGACACCGAAAUGUUAACUUUAUCGAAUGAAACUAAUGUACCAUUGUGUGAAAAUUGUACAAGACAUCCCAUGAUUGACGAAGAUCUCACUAUUAAUAUGAUUAAAAUUUCUUCUUCGUCUUACAAUAAUGCAUUGAUUGAAACUGUUCCUGGACGACAAAAGAAUAAAUUUUCAAAAUAUCUACCAUUUAUAGUUAUUCUUAUGGGUCCAAUUUUAGCACUUGUUAUAUUAUUUAUUGCGAUCGGUUUUCUUAUUUAUCAUUUACGACGACAACGACCUGAUCCAUAUACACCAAGAAGUAGUAUAGUAGGUGCUAAUCGAACAAAACGUUCAUCAACAAUUGCGACGACAAGUGAUAUGCCAAGUACAUCGGCAGCGGUAUACACGCGUUUAAGACUUUCAGAACUUGCAUUCGCAGUGACUGAUACGUAUAUCCCUGUAGAUAAUUCAACUCCAAAUGAUGAUAAUUUUGAACUUCUGCCUACAACACAAGUGCAAGUAACAAAUGAUGAAAAUAAAAUUCAAGAAGAUGACGAAGACCUAAUAUAUGCCACAAUGUCUUUACCAGGAAAAAAGACGCGAGAUUUAUCACAAUUACCAACACUCAGUUAUGAUAUUAAAUUAAAUUUACCAGUAAAUGUUGAUAGUAAUCCACAAGAAAUAUCUUUCUUGGAUUUAAUUGCUAAUGAUUCAAAAUUAAAAAAUGAUAAAGAAAGUUUGGAACUGGUACUUAGUUCUUAUGUGAAAGCAUGCGGGAAACAAAGUGUCAAAGAAAUUCUUGCUGAACGUGAUACUAUGAGUGAAGAUAAUGCAUCAUUAUCUAAUACAAUUCGUGCAUUAAUGGAUUACAAUGAUCAACAAAAUGCAAAUUUAGGUGUUGGUUAUAAUGAUCCAGAAGAUGAUGAUUCUUUUAUUGAUGAUACAACAGCUGCACAAGAUAUAAUACCUAAAAACAUGACAAAUGAACGAGAUGGAUUUUAUGUUAAUGAAAAACAUCAGCCAAUUAAAGCGCGAUAUUUAAGUGAAUCAAGUUCACCAGGUAGUGAAGAUGAAGCGGGCGAGGCAGAUGAAAGUGACGACGACGACGACGACGACGACGAUGAUGAUGACGAUGAUGAAUCAAUUGAAAGUGAAAAAGAAGACCAACAAAAGAAAGUCAUUAACAAUAAUCAGGAAGAUUUAAAUGAAAAAAAUGCAAAACAGAUGAAAACAGAUGACAAUUCAAUUCCAAAAGUGCCCAAUAUUAAACGAAAACGAAGUAUAUCUGAACUUGAGACAGCUUCGUUAACAACCAAAACUGACGAUCAAAUCAAUAAUAACAAACCAACUGAAGAAUCUGUCAAAAAAGUCAAAAAAGUAAAUGAAACUACAAAUGAACAAUUAACACAAAAUUUAAUGAGUUACGUUUUACCAAAUGAAAUGGACACUGAUAUUAAACCUGCUAUUGAAAAACUGGCCAAAUCAAUAUUAUCUGAUCCAACAAGUACAAAUAUUCAAAAGAAAGUAGAACGUCUUUUUGAAUCAACUGUUUGUCGAGAAUUACUUGAUUUGAUUAAAAAACUUCAUCGUCAUACAAAUGCAAAUCGACAAUUAGUAUUUGAUAUUUUAAGUACAAAAAUUGGCAUUUCUCCUUUAUUAUUAGUAACACGUGGCCGAUUAUUAUUGUUGAAUGAUUACGAGCCAUUAACAACGUCAAAAUCAUUAAAUGAGCUGAAAGAAAAAUUAAAACUUGAAAUCAAUCGUUCAUUAGAGUCUCAUAUACAAGCACACAAUGAAGCAAUAAAAGAAUGGCAAAAGAAAAUGGUGGAAAAUCCAUCGAAGGAAAAAUAUCGAGGACCAAGAAAAAAUUUUCGUUUAUACAAAACAAUAAAUGAAUUAAUUAUUCGUUGUAUUGAUUGUAAACUUGAAACGAUGACAGUUCUGGAUUCGGAUUCAUUAGAAUUAUUUAUUCAUGAUCAUAUUGUACCACUUUGGGAAAAACCUGGAUGGAUGACAGCAAAAAAGAUCAUUAGUGAAGUUAUCAGAAUUGAAUAUCGACCAUUAAGAGAUACAAAUCCAAUAGUAAUUCAAACAUCACAAGCAGCUCGAGUUACACCCGCUCCUCCGGUAGCUGAACGAAUAAGAAAAGAUUCUCAAACAAUGCCGACACCACCGCAACCCCCGCCACCAUCAACAAAAACAUCACACGUUAAUCAUCCACCAAAAGUGUCAAAUCCUAGUCUACCACCAGCGACGGCAUCUACAAAACCAUCAAAUCCUGGUCUACCACCAGCAACGGCAUCUGCAAAACUAUCAAAUUCUAAUGUAGCAACACAACAAACACAAUCGAAAAUAUCAAAUACUAAUACAUCAUCAGUAGUCAAUACAACAAAAGUCGUUUCUCAACCUCAAAAUUUGAAAACAACUGAAAACAAACCUUCAAUACAACCAGUUACAAAUCAAGCUCAUGGAAAAUCAUUAGAAAUGGCUACACGUGUUACAACUAAUACUAUUAAACAACAUGCAUCACAUUCACUAUCAUCUGAGUCAACACCUAUUCAACUUUCUGAACAGUUAUUCAGUAAACAUAAUAAAUCUGAUAUUGUUCGCCCAAUAGCAAAGCCAGCUAUCGCUUCUCCCAUCUCACUAUCUGACUCACCAACUAAACGCAACUCAACACAAAACCCAUCAACUGUUAUUGAUCUUACUAUGGAUUUAUUUCCUCACUACAAAAAACAUGCAAAUGAAUCAUCGAAACAAAAUACUCAUGCUUCAUCACAUAAAGAUUCAUCACAACGCUCAACUUCUUCAUCUACAUCAUCCCCAAUUCUAUCUAAGCAACAGCCGCAACAACAGCAGCAGCUACAACAGCAGCAGCUACAACAACAACAACAACAACAACAACAACAACAACAACAACAACAGCAGCAGCACCAACAACAACAACAGCAGCAGCAGCACCUACAACAACAGCAGCAGCAGCACCUACAACAACAACAGCAGCAGCAGCAGCACCUACAACAACAGCAGCAGCAGCUGCAACAACAGCAGCAACAACAGUUUGCUACAAAAGUACCAACUGAAAAAUCUCCAGCUGGAUCUUUUCUUAAAGAAGCACUUCUCAUUGGUUCAUCAUCACCCAAAAUUUCUGGUUCACCAUUAACUGUUGAUAAUAUGCUUAAUAAAUCGCUUAAUAGUCCAAAAGCUAAUGCAAACGCAUCAGCUAUGAAAACAACAACACCAACAACAUUACAAAGUCCAACAAAUCAGGCGCAACGUUCGUCUGGAUCAAGCAAAAGUAGUUCAAAUCGUACUUCAACUGAUUAUUCUCAUCAUCGAUCUGAUCAGCAUGCUCAACAACAAAAACGCUCGUCAUCGUCAAAUCGAUCACAACCAAAUACACCAUUAUCCCCUAUUAUUUCAACCUCAUCUCGACGUUCAACAACAGGAUAUUCUGCUACACAAGAUCAACAGACAAACCGUGGUCUUUCAUCGCAAGUCGGAAUUCCAGCAGGACUAACACAAUCAAUUCAGUGGGAUCAAGCAACACUACAAUUAGCUGCUGCUGCUUUAGCUAAUCCUCAAUUACUUAAUUCAUCGGUAUUUGAUCCCAGUUUAUUUAAUUCAGUUUUUGCUAGUGCUGCAAAUAUGGUCUCACCUAAUCAAUCAUCACGUCAACAUAAUUCACAAAAUACGAAUAAUAAUCGACGAACUUAA